CUGAGCCAGAGGGAGCCCGGGAGCAGCGAAGCGCCAGCUCCGGCAGAUCAAUGGUGGGAGGGGAGGCGGGAGGAAGCCCAGCCUGACGUCAGGAAACUUUCUCGGUGGCUGAGGCGGGCGCUCGCGGAGCCGCUUCUUUCUCUGGGUGUCUCACAGGGGCCGGCCCCGGCUGCCACCCUCCAUCUCUCCGCAAGGCACAGAUGCAGAGUGCAGCUUGUCUCAAAGUCAGUGCCAGUAGAUGGGACAGUUGCUUCUUGGAAUGAUCCCCACUGAGCUUUGGCACUUGUAACAUGCAUUCAAAGCUCAAAGCAGAAACUAUGCAAGUUGAAAGAUGUUGACAAAUGAGUGAUAUGCAAGCAAGUAUGUGUCGUGCCCCUGGCCCAGAAAUUUGAAAAUAUUAGGGUUGAAGUGCCACAAAACAGAAAACAUAUUUGAUUGGCUGAUUCUCAACAUGAACCGUGCUUUCAACAGAAAAAAAGACAAAACAUGGAUGCACACUCCUGAGGCUUUAUCCAAGCAUUAUAUUCCGUACAAUGCAAAGUUUCUUGGCAGUACAGAAGUGGAGCAGCCCAAAGGUACAGAAGUUGUGAGAGAUGCUGUUAGAAAACUAAAGUUUGCAAGACAUAUCAAGAAAUCUGAAGGCCAGAAAACCCCGAAAGUUGAAUUACAAAUCUCAAUUUAUGGUGUAAAAAUUCUAGAUCCAAAAACAAAGGAAGUCCAGCACAAUUGCCAGCUUCAUAGGAUAUCAUUUUGUGCUGAUGAUAAAACUGACAAGAGGAUAUUUACCUUCAUAUGCAAAGAUUCUGAGUCAAAUAAACACUUGUGCUAUGUCUUUGACAGUGAAAAGUGUGCUGAAGAGAUAACUUUAACAAUUGGUCAAGCAUUUGACCUGGCUUACAGGAAAUUUCUGGAAUCUGGAGGAAAAGAUGUUGAAACAAGAAAACAGAUUGCAGGGUUACAGAAAAGAAUUCAAGAACUAGAAACUGAAAAUAUAGAACUGAAAAAUAAGGUACAAGAUUUGGAAAACCAGUUAAGAAUAAAUCAAAUACAUACAUCUCCAUUGCUGCAAAUAAAGUCUGAUAAUGAUCAACAUAUGUUUCAAAGACCCUCCACCUUUUUCUGGUGUAAUAAUGAGAAUUCAACUCCUUGUUUAGAUAUCUCUUCCAUUACACUUACUCCUAUGAGCUCUCCUGACUCCAGACUAUCAUCUGGACUAUUAACACCACCACCUUCAAAAAGUGGUCUUCCAAAACCAGUCAAUGAAUACAGCAUCCCAAGACCUCGUGCAGGCAGUGUGACACCUAAAUCACCCUCCACUGACAUCUUUGAUAUGGUUCCCUUUUCUCCCAUAUCCCCUCAGUCAUCAACACCUACUCGCAAUGGCACACAGCCUCCUCCAGUACCCAGUAGAUCUGCAGAGAUCAAGAGAGACCUUUUUGGAGCAGAACCAUUUGACCCUUUUAGCUGUGGAGCAGGAGAUUUCCCUCCAGACAUUCAGUCCAAACUAGAUGAGAUGCAGGAGGGGUUCAAAAUGGGACUAACUCUUGAAGGCACAGUAUUUUGUCUGGACCCACUAGACAGCAGGUGCUGAUGCCAAGACCAGAAGUUUGAAAUUCUUAUAUGAUCCUUUAUUUUUAAUUCA